CGGUCGCUUUGCGAGCUGAGCGGAGAGGAAGUCUCUCCAUGGCCGUGAGCGGGAGUGUGGCGUCCGCCUGAGGUUGCAGCGGGGCAGCUUGUGGAGCUUGUGGAGGCACCGACGCCGUGAGGGUGUAUGAAGAUCGCUGCGUCUCUUCCCCCCGUCCACAGCCCAAGAUGAAGGCGAAGCCGCUGAAGCACACUUUUAACCCUGGAGAUGUCGUGUUCGCAAAGAUGAAGGGUUACCCCUUUUGGCCUGCCAGGAUUGCUGAGGGCGACGCUCCCCAAAACAAGGUCCCGAUCUUCUUCUACGGAACGCACCAGACAACCACGCUGGUUCCUAAAGACAUCGUGCACUACUGGCCCAACAAGCAUAAACACGGCAAGGCCAUCAAGCGAGGAGGCUUUGAGAAGGCCAUGUGGGAGAUCGAAAAUGACCCUGGGGUUGGACUCAAAGGUCAAAAGAAAGCAGCCGUGCUGAAGAGACUGCAGGACAGCCGGCCUGCGGGGCAGGUGGAGGGUGGGGUGGGGGGGUUCAGCCCCCAUCAGCCAUGUGAGGCGGCAUCUCUGACGGACCCCCCCCCACCCUGUCCCCCCCUCUCCCCCCCCACUGGGACCGCAGAGACAAACAGCACCGCAGCCGAGUCCCCGACCAGCAGAGAGAUGCCUUCAGCAACAGCUGGCAGGGCAAACACCCCGUCGACCUCCGACACACUGGCAAAGACGAAGGCCACGGCGGAAACCGCCGCCCCAGUGACGGAGCCCCUCCCGCCAAAAAAGGCCAUCACAGCCAAGAAAGACGCCGUUAAGAAACGCUCUCUGUGA